UAGAAACAACUUCCUUUUUGAGAUUUGAGUGUGUAAAGUGCGUUAAGCAAAGCACAGUGAAUUGAAGCGGAACCCCGCGCUCGAUAAAACAUGCUUUCAUCCCGGGGUAUAUUACGGUCUCUUCUUACCUCAAGACCAUCAAAUUGUUACUCAAUAAGCAAGUUUUAACAUUCAUUCUGGAAUAAUACCAUUGCUAAGAUCUGCCAAAGAUAAUACUCGACCCCUCCUAAGUCCCUUUCUUUACCCCGCGUCAGUCCGUAGCAUUCGAUCCAGCUUCGCAUUUUCCAUCAUGGCAUCUAAUGGAAAGCCAUUGGGAACAGAUGAUUUGAAAGGUCUUGGUGGAACAACUGAGCUAUCCCCAACUCCUGGACCUCAUCAUGAAAUCAAUGCUUGGUCCGGUCCAGGACAAGCAGCAUUUGACUUUCGCAGUACGACCCUCAUUCAUUCCCCACCCAGUCAUAACUGACAUCUGUACCAGGCGAUGUAAUGACUACUCCCACCAAAUCCAUGCUAACAGCCAUUCAAAACACCACACUUCUCGAUGACGUCUUCGCCGAGGACCCAACAACCAAUUCACUCGAAUCAUACCUUGCACAAAUUACCGAGCAUGAGUCGGCCAUUUUUGUCCUCUCCGGUACCAUGGGUAAUCAAAUUGCUCUCCGCUCUCAUCUUACUCAACCUCCCCACUCCGUCCUCUGCGAUCAUCGUGCACACAUUCUUGAAUGGGAAGCUGGCGGUACUGCAUCCUUGUGCGGCGCUCUCGUCAAGGGAGUUGUGCCUAGUAAUGGUGUAUACUUGACUCUCAAGGACGUAGAGAAAUAUGUUACGAUUAGUGAUGAUAUACAUUCAUGUCCAACGAGAGUUAUAAGUUUGGAAAAUACAUUAGCAGGUACUAUUAUGCCACUGGAGGAGGUCAAGGCCAUAGCAGGAUUCGCAAGGAAACAUGGUAUAAAAGUCCAUAUGGACGGAGCUAGGAUUUGGGAAGCAGUUGUUGCAGGAGCUGGAUCUUUAACAGAUUUCACGAGGGAAUGUGAUAGUGUGAGUUUAUGUUUUAGCAAGGGAUUAGGAGCUCCAGUAGGUAGUAUGCUGGUUGGCAAGAAGGAAUUCAUCAAGCAUGCUCGAUGGGUACGAAAGAGUAUUGGAGGUGGACUCCGUCAAGCAGGUGUAUUGACAGCGGCUGCGAGAGUUGCGGUUGAUGAAACAUUUGGAAAGGGUCCAAAUGGAGAAGGGGGUCUCUUGCGUGAGAGCCAUAAGACAGCGAAAAAGAUCGCAACUUUAUGGGAAGGAUUAGGUGGAAAAUUGCAGCAACCGACGGAAACCAAUAUGGUAUGGUUAGAUUUAGAAGAUGCGGGGGUUUCAGCGGCAGAAUUUAGGGAGAUGGGGAAGGAAAAGGGUUUGAAGCUUUCGGCUGGAAGAUUAGUGGUACAUUAUCAGAUUGGGGAAGAGGCGGUUAAAAAAUUGGAGGAGACUAUGAAGGAUAUUUUGGAGAGGAAGGGAAAAGGUAUUGAGGUUGCGGGUAAAGAGAAAAAGAUUGGUGAGAAGGAUUAUGGUACUUGAGGGGAUGGAUUGCAUGCAUGGGAUGUAUUGAGAUCUUGAGGCGUAAGAGGGUACUUUCCUCAUUUCUUGAUAUGAUUCUUGAUAUGAUUCUUGAUAUUGUGAGAAAGUUGGGAUUAUAAGCCAAAUACAUAAAGGUUUUUAACCAAUCAAUCACAUGACCUCCUCCUCCUAUAAGUAAAUAUGAAAGAAGAGCUUUUAUCUCUUCUUUCCACAAUAAUCAACCUUCUACACAUAUACAUUUGGUCUAUAUAAUAUCAACCUCAAAACUAUUGUGAAUCUCGUUUUCUUCA